GUUAUCAGUUAUGGAUUCGUGACGCCCUAUCUUCAAAUGGUAUCACUCCUAUAAAGUUUUUGCCGAAGUCUCACUUAUUUGAGAAAGGAGCAAUUCGAUGUCAUGUUACAUAUAUAUACGAUUUCCCUGAUUUAACCAAACAUGACGAGUGAAGGACAGGGCAUUAACGGUUAUGACAACCAUGGAUACGAUGACCACACUGAGAUCAGGAUGAAACCUAUGUCGACAGGACCAGAUAACUCGGGGAUACCACAUCGUUAUGUCGAGGAGAACUCGGAUGGGAUAUCUUCAAACCUAGGGAAAAAUCGAUCCCGGUACAGGAUCAUGGUCUUUCUAAUGUUGUUCCUUUUGGCAGCACUUAUUGGCAUGGGGGUCGCACUGUACAUUUUCAUUAAUGAUGACUCUGUAGCGGCCUUUGAGGAGAUCAAGACCACCCCGGAGACAUCAGUGAAGACCACCACGAUACCACCUGUGAUAGUAUUUUUCCAGGAGAAAUCGUUGAAAUCGGAGUAAACAUCACCCUCAUUAAUCGGACGUUCACUGACGACCUGAGAGAUGAAUCGACACAAGCUUAUGUGACCUUCACCAAUGAUAUCAUUUCAUCGAUUGAUGCAGCAUACCAAUACGACGCGUAUUACAGAGAAGUCGCAGUUAUAUCAGUCAGCCCAGGGAGUAUUAAGGUGGAGCUCACGAUGACGUUUGACAUGCCCAUGGCUGAGAGAGAGCGAAGCGAUGCAAUCGAGGUCACCCUCAAUAACCUAACACAUAAUAUGCAGAAUGCAUUGGAUGAAAACACGAUUAUCGACGUCACAACAGCUGCAUGUGACAUUGAACCGUGUAGCAAUGGAGCAUCGUGUAAUGAUAUCCCGAACUCAUCAGAUUACACUUGUACCUGUGUCGAGGGAUUCACCGGAAAAUCAUGUCAGAAUGAUAUCAACGAAUGUACGAAUAGUCCUUGUGAGCAUGAAGGUGAUUGUGAUAAUACAGAAGGCUCAUAUACGUGCACCUGUACAGCUGGAUACACUGGGAUGAAUUGUGAACAAGAGAUUGACAAAUGUUUGAAUAACCCUUGUCGAAACGGAGGACAGUGCGAAAAUACAGAGGGCUCAUAUUUAUGCAUCUGUAAUGAUGGAUACACCGGAGUAAAUUGCGAACAAGUUACAGAUUGUGGAUUCCGACCAGCCCAUUCAUCUUCCAGUCCUCGCAUCAUCGGUGGUUCACCGACUCAGCUCGGGGAUUGGCCCUGGAUGGUAUCUCUCCGAGACCGUUCAAAUGUUCAUCGUUGUGCCGCUGUACUCAUCGACAGUACCAGAGCAAUCACCGCUGCCCAUUGUGUUAAAAAGUUUGAUGCUGCUGUCCUGGGUGAUCUCUUACUCUCUCUUCAAUCUGCAUAUCAUGUUGAAACUGAUGUCAAUGCUGCUAUUCAUCCUGAUUAUGAUAUCAAUUCCAUCACAAAUGACAUUGCUGUGAUCGAGUUCAGUACCAGCGUUGACUUUAGCGACUUUGUCCGUCCUAUCUGUUACCUAGAUCAAGAUGUGUCUACAACCUUUCGAGCAUGUUACGUAACUGGAUGGGGACAUACCUCUGAAGGUGGGCAUGUAUCGGAUACACUUCUAGAAGCAACAGUAGAGUUGUUUGAUCAGGCCCAAUGUCAGUCGUUUUAUCCUGAUCUUACCAUUCCAUCGACUAUGCUGUGUGCAGGACGAGUGGAUGGAUUAAUGGACACAUGUCAGGGUGAUACAGGUGGUCCUCUCCAAUGUGAAGAUCAAGAUGGUCGCUUCCAUCUGAUAGGCAUUACUAGCUUUGGCUAUGGCUGUGGGAGAGAAAACUAUCCUGGCGUUUACACCAAGGUCUCUGAAUACCAUGACUUUAUUCAUUCAGCUGACCCACAACCUCAACCUGAACCAGUGGUGGCAUUGGGCCUGGUUCCAGGUAGAUUAUUCGAACUCACAGUGCCCCGUUCAGCAGACUUGGAAUACCAGUGGAUCGUCCAUGCUGUUGAAGGGAAUGCCAUAGAUAUCUACAUUUUCACCUUUGACAUCAUACGGGUUCUUGAUACCGUACUUGUCGGUCAUGGAAGUGAUCCCUCAAACCUUGACAGCAUCUUUGUUGACUCUAGGAAUGGACCAGUCCACCACGUUUAUAGGAUCUUUAAUGAUUAUAUUUGGAUGAGGAUUUUAACAUCGCCUGAAACACUGACCCUUCAAGGGAUCCUUGGAGUUGCAGAGGGUGUUCUUGUGGAAAUAGGAGAUAAUUCAGAUUCCUGUGCAAAUGAACCAUGUGGAGAAGGAAAUAUCUGCACACCUAAUGCUGCUGGAUAUUCUUGUAUCUGUCUGGACUUUGCAAUUGGAUCAUCUUGCAAAAACUUAUCCUUUGCUUUCUCCGGAGAAGACAACACCAUUUCUUACAUCGAUCGUCAAGUUCCUCUCUCUACAAGUACCAGUAUAGAAUGUAACUUUGAUAUUGAUUUGUGCGGAUGGACCCAAGUUGAGUUCAUAGACACCAUUGAUUGGAAUAGGUUCACGUUCACUGGAAAUGAGCCGCCCUUCUUCAUUGGGCCUUUGUUUGAUCACACUGAACCUAGCCAAAGUGAAAGUUACGUCUACGUUGAGGAUUCUGGGAUUUCACUUGAAAUCAUCGCAGGACUCUCAAGCAGCAAGUUCCCUGGAAUCCAGGGCAACACCCGCCAGUGCUUUACUUUCUAUUACUACAUAUCCAGAGGUGAUGUCAUUGAUCUCACUGUGUACUUCGUGGCAGAGGGCGCGACUCAACGGGAACCUGUGUGGAGUUUACCAGGGAAGGUACUAAACAGAUGGCUCAUGGGGCAAUUUGAGCUGGGUGUUGCAGGAUGGUUCAUCAUCGCGGCAAGACUGGAAGGAGAUCCCCUAGGAUUCAUCAGCAUCGAUGACAUCCAGUUUACUGAUUGUCUUUACAAUGGCAAUGUUCAAGAAGAUAUUACCCUUGUACCUGGUAAUGUAGUCUAUAUGUCGUCACCGAACUUCCCAAAUGUUUAUCCGAAUGAUGUGUCUCAGCUGUGGACCAUUACAGCACCAGAGGAAUAUGGAGCUCGUUUCGAUAUUGACGUCAUCAACAUCGAAGACUCGUUUGAGAGACUUGCUAUCGGCACUGGUCACGAUCCAACCGAUGAAAGCAGCAUCUUGGGAAGCUGGACUGGACAUCAUCUGCUCCAGAGUGUCACCAGGAUUUCUCCUCAGUACCAGUACUGGGUGUCUUUUAAAAGUGAUCUAACCGUCAGAGAACAGGGCUUCGUAAUAGCAAUUUACCCAGUGGAGUUUGAAGAAUAUUUCUUCACAAUGGAAAGUGGGGAACUCCUGAACAUCACCUCACCCAACUACCCAUUGACUUAUCCUAACAGUCAAAUUCUUCUAUGGCAUCUCACCGCACCUCCCCAACAUGGAAUCUACUUCCGUUUUGCAAGGUUUGAAACCGAAUCUCAACGGGACAUGGUGAUUGUCGGAACUGGUGAAUCCCCAUCCCCAGACGCGGGCAUCCGACUUGCAGAACUCUCUGGAUUUAUUACUCCCAGUGAUAUUGUCUCUGAUGAUAAUAAAGCCUGGAUAAUGUUUAGACCUGAUUUUGAAUCAACUGAGGCAUCUGGGUUUUUCAUAGAAGUUAGAUCUGUUGAAAGGCCAGACUGUGGUGCAGCAGAUGUGUUCCAUUGUCCUAAUGGACAGUGCCUCUCAAUGGAAGCUGUAUGCGAUGGAUACAAUGACUGCAAGGAUUUUACUGAUGAGGAACAUUGUCCCAUCUGUGUUGCUUUGCCUGCAAGAUGUAGUCACCUCCUGCCUUACAAUAUAACAUAUUUCCCCAACCAACAUGCUACCAGCUUAGCAGAGGCAGACAGUCUUCUAGUGAAGGUGACGGAUAGUUGCCCUCAAGUAUUUAGCGAAACUGUGGCAUGUAACAUGUUGUUCCCCGAGUGUCUUCACCAUGGCCCCACCCUUCGGCGUUGCAAGUCAUCCUGUAUGCAGGAGGAGGAGAUAUGUGCUGAAAACUAUGAGAUCCAACAUGGAGAGGAAUGGCCGCUGGGUUGUGACUCGUUGCCUGAGACUGAAGAAGAUUUGUUUGGCAGGUGCACUGGACCAGAUGGAGAUGUUUUAAAUACAUCACUUUGUGGAACAAGACCAGCCUUUAACCCUUACCAGCCUCGGAUUGUGGGCGGAGUCGAUGCAAAGGAAGGGGAAUUCCCUUGGAUGGUUUAUCUGUACUCUGUGGAUUAUGGUCAAAUCUGUGGAGCAACACUCAUCUCAUCAGAUUGGGUUGUAACUGCUGCUCAUUGUGUUUGGGGUUUAACUGAUCUACUAGACUUGGUCAUCAUUGGAGACCUUCAUCUGUCAAUUCAUUCGGAGCACCAUCUUGCAAUCACUCCAGAUGACAUCGUCAUUCAUCCUGAAUUCGAUUAUUUCACACUGAAUGCAGACAUUGCUUUGAUUAAGCUUUCCGAGCCUGUAUCCUUCACCGAGUAUGUUAGACCAGCCUGUCUCUCACAAACGCUUCAGGAAUUUGGAGACUACACGACGUGCAUCAUCGCCGGUUGGGGUAACACUGAACACGUUGAGGCAGACAAACUACGAAAAGCUGUUGUUAGGUUGAUUGAGGGUGAAAACUGUAAAAAACUAUAUGACAUCCCUGACGAUUAUGACACUGAGUAUCUUCUAUGCGCUGGUUUCGAAAGAGGUGGAAUAGAUACUUGUCAGGGUGAUAGUGGUGGUCCUUUGGUGUGUGAAGGUGCUGAUGGGAGAUGGCACCUGACAGGUGUAACAAGCUUUGGUAAUGGGUGUGCUGAUCCAGGCUUUCCAGGAAUCUAUGCAAGGGUUUCAACUUUACUCCCUUUCCUGGAAUCUGUCAUAUCUGGAGCUCGUAUGCCAAUCACCACUGAUCCCGUCGUAGUUCCUACAAGUACUUCACCUACUCCAAUCAUCACUGAUACGGUCGUAGUCCCUACACCUGAAUAUGAUUUGAUCAGUCUCAACAUUGGAUCACCCCACAUGAUAACCUCUCCGAAUUAUCCUGAUCCAUACCCGGAUGAUUCAGAGAGAAUAUGGGAAGUCAUCCCUCCAGCUGAUUCAGCCGUUCUUGUCCAUUUCAUCAAUUUCGUAUUAGAAGAUAGUUUUGACUUUUUAUACAUAUACAACGGAGAUACGUAUUCUAAUGAAACGCUGGUCGCAAGCAUAUCGGGCUAUAGUCUACCAAGAGAUCUGGCUGAGGUGACUUCAAAAAUGUGGAUACGGUUUCAGAGCGACUUUGCUGCCGGUCUAGAGGGGUUCCUACUCACGCUUACUGCCAUAAGCAUCCCUUUUAAUGGCUCCUGUGAACUAAGCUGCUGUACCAGUCCAGUAGAAAGCUGUAAUCGGGGUGACUGUUACUGUGAUUCACAAUGUUAUUCACUCGGCGAUUGCUGCUGGGAUUUCCAAAAUGUCUGCGAAUAUGAACCUCCAACAGAGCAGCCAGGACCAACAACAAUCAGCAUAGACCUUGGGGUAGGAGACGCCGUGGAAAUAACAUCACCAAACUACCCCCAAGAUUACCCGAGGUCUCUCAGAAUCUUGUGGGUAGUCCAUGCUCCUGCCAAUUACAGUGUCUUGCUCCGAUUCAUAGCGUUCAACACGGAGGCCACAUAUGACUUCCUCUAUGUAGAUGCCGGUCGUGAGCCUGAGCUUAGUUUCAGCGGGGAGGGUGAUUUUGAUGACAUUAUUUCCUCCGCAUCAUACAUGGUGUUGAGGUUUGUGAGCGACUUUUCCACUGGGAAGUCUGGCUUCAAACUAGAGUUGAGUGCGGUGCAUGAGGAAGAUCUGACAUUUUGUAAAAAUGGAGAAAUAACAUACCAGUCUCUUUGUAAUGGACAAGUGGAUUGUUCCGACAGAAGCGACGAAUUUGGUUGCUCUCCAUUCGAGUUAGAAGAGGGAGAAAGUAUAACCUUCCUGUCACGUUCCAAUCCUCAAUUUGUCGAUGAAUCACCGCUUGAAUGGUCAGUCGUAUCAACUGAUCCAACCCUUGAUUUGAUCGUUAUGGUUUAUUACGUCGAGUUGCUGCCUGGUGAUUUCAUCAGAGUGACUUCCAUAGAAGCAGAUAUCGGUGAGGAUUAUGUUUGGACCAUUGAAGGGCCGCUUAGCAGGGCUUUUGGUGAGGCUGCGGACAAGGUCUUCCCGAGCGGAAAUCUGUUGAUACAAGCUACCUCCCUCGCGGGAACAAGGGAUUUUACAAUGGAGGUGAUGGCCUUACAUCCACAAGACAUCAGCGGAUGUCCCGGUACCGACAGAAUUAUCAUUCCACAGAGGAUAUGUGAUGGUAUUGUCACCUGUCCAGAUAACAGCGAUGAACCAACCUGCGGUCCUUUGGAAACCUUUGUAUUGAACGAAGGAGAGGUGGCCAGCAUUCAAACUCCUGGCUAUCCUCUGCUAGUUACUCCUCUACCUCUUCAAAUGAUAUGGACAAUACAAGUGACACCCCCGUCAAGGAUUCUAAUGGAUGUACUCUCUUUGAUCACUGAAGCAUCACAUACUCUUAUGAUUGGCACUGGCCUCGAUUACAGUGACGAAGGCAGUAUCGUAUUCAAGGUUGAAGGGCUCCCGUUUAAUGAUGAGCAUGGUAUCGAAGUAGGCGAUAUAACUCCUCCCGGGAACUCAAUGUGGAUCAGUAUAGAAAAACCCCUGACAGAUGUGACGUCAAGGCUAGUUCUGUCUGCCAACAUAAGAGCAGUGUCAGAAGAAUCAUUGCAAUGUCCAUCAAGUGAACUCUCAUGUGGAGGUAUUUUCCAUGGCUGUUACAAUGAGACAAGCAGCUGUGACGGAAUCCAUGAUUGUUUUGAUGGAGCCGAUGAAGAUUGUGAUUGUCCUAGUAUCAAAGAAAUAAGAUGUGGUCCCCUCAACACCUGUUUGCACCGGAGGUACUUUUGUAAUGGUAGACAGGACUGUGGCGAUGAUGAAAGCGGAUGCACCUUUGUCUGUGAUAAUGGUAACAUUGUGAAUGAAAGGUUCAUAUGCGAUGGACACAAUGACUGUGGAGAUUAUACAGACGAACCUCCAGACUGCGGUAAGUAA